UUAAGCGACACAACUUGAUAUUAUAUAUGAUGCUAAAGUUGUAAGAAGUAAUAAAAAUUUAAAAUAGGAAAUUUUGUAAAUAACCACCCUCAAAACACACUAUUUAGAACUAACCACCCUUUUCUACGAAUUUUUAAAAUUUAAAUAAAAAAGAGUUAGCAAUGACCACCCCUUCUCAUAUUCUGGCCAAUUUUCUGAUCUUGGGGUCCACGUAACGGCUAGUUUCUUUUGUUUUUUUUAAACCCUUGGACUCGGUUUUUUUCCUCUUGAUUUUGAAAUUUAACCUGCUAUGCUCCUCAACAAAACUCCAAAUUCACCCAUAAUUCUCCAAAUUCUCCUAGAAUUCUCUAAAUCCUGUCAAUAAUUCAUCUUAAAGGUGUAAUUCGGAAAAGGUUGAAGCGAAAAAUUAAGGGCUCCUCUGCAGCCAGCUCUGAAUGUAACUCCUCUUAAUAGCAUGCCCUACAUUGAUCCCAUUCCACCACAAGGUAGUGAUAUCCCAUUAGGUCCUGUAGAUAAGGCCAAACCAGCUUUGGUAUAUUUGCCUUCUGAACCUACUGAGGAGGAAUGGGGUCCUAUCUUAUCUGCUACGAAGGGCGGAAUUGGUUUGGGUGGCAGUGCAGCCCUUGGAGCAAUUGGGCCAGUUCUUGGGAAGUUGGAUAUUAGUGAAAGUGAGGAUUCUUACCUCUUUCGAGUGUCCCUUCCAGGUGUUGCAAGAGAUGAUUUCACAUGUGAUGUGGUGCCUUCUGGACAUGUAACUAUCAAGGGUGUUACUACAACUGGAGAGAAGACUGUCUACAAGAAUUCCUUGAAAUUUGAGAUGCAAUCUCAGAACCUGUGCCCACCGGGUCACUUUACCAUCUCAUUUCAUCUGCCAGGACCUGUUGAUUCGCUACAUCUAUCCGGCCAUUAUGGAAAUGAUGGUGUUUUUGAGGGCAUAGUGAAAAAGAAGAAACCAUCAGCUUGAUGUGUUUGUAGAAUUCUAUGUACAUUCUUUAGUUGUCAAACCAUAUCAUAGAACAAAUAGAUAGGCAUGACUGCCUAUUGAUUUAUUUAAAUUAUACCAGAAGUUUGCAUUGGAGUCUUCUUAGAGCAACAGUUGGGUCCAUCCCGAUACACAGCUUAACAAAGGGAGGUUUGAUUGAUCCAUUCUAUCGAAAUUUGCAAUGUACAAGCAACAUUGUUCUGGGUUUUUGCUACUGGUACUACUGGCAAGCAGGAGAUGCAGUCCAUUAUGCAGCUUGCUUGCAGUUCUCAAGUAGACCUUCAUUUUGUUGUGGCUUUUGUACUUGAAUGUUGUAACAGUUCAAGUGAAAACUUAGAAUUAUCAAAGAAUUGGGCUUGGUUUUAUAA